UCGUAGUUUUUUGGUGUAAUUAAUUCAAAUCGAUGGUAAUCAACGACCGCGCCAUGUCCGACGACGAAGCGAUCAACGAGCCCGCGCACCGCAAGCUGCUGGCCGGAAUAAACAGUCUGGUGCGGACGCAGGAUGUUUCGAAGGCAACGCGCACCGAACCGAGCGCCGUCCGGUCGGAGUUUAAUCUGUUUAAGCGGAACGUUUCGGAUGGGGGCGAGCGGAAGGGGGCCCAGAAGGUGCACGUAAAAGAUUUGCUGGGGCUGCUGAAAAAGACGAACAAGACGGUGGAUUUGGGGAAGGAUUUGAGCGGUAUCAAGAAGAGUGGGAAGCGGCUUUCGAAGCCGCUGGAAAAGCCGGUGGCGGAUCGGAUCGAGCGGGACACGCUUUAUGGGAAGACGCAGAAGAAGUUGGAUCUGUGGGAGCCGGUGGUGACGGCGAGCGAUGUGGCGCCGCAGACGGUAUUUCCGUUGCAGUACGGGAAGGUGGGCGUGGAGGAGAGGGCGCCGCAGAAGUUGUCCCAGUACCGGGUCAAGUCGGAGCUGAUGGUGGCGAUGGAGGAGCUGGACGCCAAGUAUCGGCAGGGGGAGGGGUCGGAAGAGGAUGGGGAGCUGGAGCAGGACCAGUAUAAGCUUACGCUGGAGGAAUUGAGGGAGAAGCGGAAGGAAGCGGCGCUGCAGCGCAUCCGGGAGUCGUACAAGAUUGCGAAAGGUCGUCGGUUGAACAAGAUUAAGAGUAAAAAGUUUCACAAGCUGAUGAAGCGAGAUAAAAUCCGCGAGCAGAUUAAACAGUUUGAGGAGCUGCAGAAGACGGAUCCGGAAGCUGCGCUGAAACAGCUGGAGUUGAUUGAGCGGCAGCGGUUCCAGGAGCGCGCGACCCUGCGGCAUAAAAAUACCGGUUCGUGGGCUAAGAAUAUGCAGAUUCGUGCAAAAUAUGAUAUGAACGUGCGCCAGGAACUGGCCGAGCAGUUGUCCAUUGGGAAGGAGUUGAUGGCGAAGAAGUUGGCGCGGGAUGAUGACGAGGAAUCGUCGGAAUCUGGGGAGGAAGAGGUGGUGUUGGAGGAGAAGAACGGGAAUCCAUGGAUGGGACGGAGAAAGCCGGGAGAGCAUGAAGCGGAAGCGAAUCGGGAGUUCACCAGCGGUUAUCGAAAGUACUGGGAGGAGAGGAAUCAGACACAGAAAACAAAGGAGCAAUUGGAAGAAGCGUCUGAGAAUGAUGAUGAAGAACAAGAGCAAGAUUCCGACGCAGAUGGUGACUCGGAAGACUCGGAGGAGGAACGAGAGCUGGCGGUUUUCAAAAAGAAGGUCAAAAAGUCCAAAGCCUUGGCCACCACCGGUUGGAUCGAGGAAGAUCAGGACGAAUCGCCACCAGCUCGUCGAAAGCGCAAACAGCCAACCGUGGAGGACCUGUUCAACGACGCCGAGCAGCUGCUGCAGCAGCGGGUGUCGCAAAAGCUGGCCAAGAUCCGCCAAAAUAUGGAAGCUCAACCUGCGAAGAAGUUCGAGAAGGGGCAGCGAGCUCAGAAAAAGCCAUCUUCCGGUUUGGAGUUCAAGAAGAAGGCUUCGUUGGCAGAUGCCGACGUAGAGUUGGAUGAAGGCCUAACUGCGCAAGGUAGCAAGGCCAAGGCGGCCAAGAUCAUCCCACCAUUGAAUGGAUUGGACGUACCCCCUGCCUCUUCCACUCACAAGGAGGAAACCAUCAACACGAAGGCGUUCGUGCAGGUCAAACCGAAGCACCUGCUAAACGCCAUCCCCGACCUGACCACCGCCGGCGACCUGUCCGAAGACGAAGAAGACGACCCGGAGCUAGCGAAACGACUCACGAUCGCCGAGGCGUUCGCCGACGACGACAUCGUCGCCGACUUCGAGCAGGACAAGGCAAAGGAACGCGAACGUAACGCACCCCAGCAGGUGGACACCUCCCUGCCCGGAUGGGGCUCCUGGGGAGGCGCAGGCAUCAAGCAGAAAACGCGCCGAAAGAUGUUCAAGAAGAUCCCGGUCCUCCCCCGCAAGGACGACAACCGCGAGAAGGUCAUCAUCAACGAGGACGCCGUCGUCAGCAAGAAGCUCUCGAGCCACCUGGUCAACGAGUUGCCGUUCCCGUUCACGAGCGUGCGCGACUACGAGGCGAGCCUGAGGGCGCCGCUCGGCAGGACGUUCGUGCCGGAGACGGCACACGCGACGCUGGUCGAGCCGGCGGUGGUGACCAAGAUGGGUGCCGUCAUCGAGCCGAUGAAGAAGGAGCUGCUGCUGCAGGCCGAUCCCGCCAAGAGCUUCCGGGUCGGUGGCAAGCAGUUCAACAAAGCCGUGCGCAAGUACGAGGAGUUUCUGGAGACGAAGGAGACGCUGUGAGGGGGUGGGUGGGGGUGAAGUUGUGUUGAAUGUUUGAAUAAUAAAUUUAUUAGCGGU